AUGUUCUCAAACACAGCCACCAGGAGGCUCGCCUCCUCGCUGCGCAGCGCCGCCGCGAGGCAACGGCAGCAGCCGCAGCAGCUCAGAGCGCAGGCUCAAAGGAGAUGGGCGACCGCAGCGCCGAAGCCCGGGUCCGGACCGCUGAUGGAGCGGCGCGCAGAUCGAGAACUCCCAGACCUCAACCAGAUCACCUUCCGCUGGUCCCGCACCCUCCCCCUCUUCGCCGCCGCCAUCGCCCUCAGCAGUAUCGCAAUCUUCAACUACCAAAAGUCUUCCUCACCCGUCAUCGCCUCGACCCUCUACGCGCUGCGCACCUCCCCGAAAGCCCGCGAGUACCUAGGCGACGAGGUGCAGUUCAAGCACCAGAUCCCCUGGAUCGCCGGCGAGAUGAACCAGCUCCACGGGCGCAUCGACAUCAGCUUCAGCGUCAAGGGGUCCCGCAACGAGGCCGUCAUGAAGUUUGCCAGCUUCCGGACGUCGCACAAGGGCCUGUUCGAGACGACCGAGUGGAGCUUGGAGACGCCCGACGGGCGCAAGAUUGAUCUGCUCGACGGGGCGGAUCCGUUCAAGGGGUCUAUUCCGGGUGAUGAUUUGAGUGAUGAUGAUCUCGAGGCUGUGGUGUCGGCGGCGGAGACGAGGGGUUUCAGGCAGAAUAUCAAGUGA